UGUUUUCAAUUAAAUAGCUGUAUUGUUCAUAAAACGUGUAAUCAUACGUUUCCUUCAUUCAGAUCCCUUCUCCUACGCCGCUGCAAUAACCUGUUGUUGUUUUGUUUGCGGUGGAAUCUGUUAUCAAAUCGCAAAAAGAUAACAUCUAAUUGCAGCAAUAUGAGCAAAGCCAGCAACAUCAUGCGUUUGGCGCUACUGCAACUGAAGGGUUCCAAGGACAAGGUGGCCAAUGUCCAAAAUGCCGCCAGCAAAAUCGAGGCGGCGGUCAAGGAGCACAAGCCUCGAUUGAUCACUCUGCCGGAGUGCUUCAAUGCUCCCUACGGCACCAAGUACUUCCGGGAGUACUCCGAGACCAUUCCCGAUGGCUACACCUCGCAGCAACUCUCCAGUCUGGCCAGGAAGCACCAGGUGUAUAUCGUGGGCGGUACGAUACCGGAACUGGGCGAAGACGAUGCCAUCUACAACACAUGCACGGUAUGGUCACCCACUGGUGACCUAGUGGCCAAGCACCGCAAGAUGCAUCUCUUUGAUAUUGAUGUCAAGGGUGGCAUUCGCUUCAAGGAGUCGGAAACGCUGACCGCUGGCAAUGAUUUUACCAUUAUCGACAUAGAUGGACACAAGAUUGGCAUCGGCAUCUGCUACGACAUCCGAUUCGAGGAGAUGGCCAGGCUCUACCGCAACGCAGGCUGCGAGAUGAUCAUCUAUCCGGCUGCAUUCAACAUGACCACGGGUCCACUUCACUGGGAGCUACUGCAGCGAUCCCGUGCCAACGAUAACCAACUGUUUGUGGUCACUACAUCGCCGGCCCGUGAUACAAACGCCGAGUAUGUGGCCUAUGGCCAUUCCAUGGUGGUGAAUCCCUGGGCCAAGGUGCAGCAGAGUGCCAGUGAAGGCGAGGACACCGUGGUGGCCGAUAUAGACUUUUCCGAGGUCGAGCAAGUGCGUCAGCAGAUUCCCGUCUUUGGACAGCGACGUCUAGAUCUGUAUGCCACCGAAAAGAAGUCCAAAUAGGGGGUCUUAACAAAGGUUGCGUAACAAGGUCAAAGACUCUUUUUGAAAAUUCAAGAAUCUUUUGUUUUAACCACCUUUAAAGCUGUGCAUUUAUGUUAUUUGAUUGUAUAUAAAAUUUAUUAGACCUACACA